AAAUGAGAAUAACUUUAAUUUCACUUUAUUUACGUAAUUCUUUAUUUUGCCGUUCACAUGCUUCGAGUUGCAAUGUUCAACUAUUUCGAAAUUUAGCAGCAGGUAAUACUGCCACAACGGUAGAAGAAAAUGAGGAAGAGCCGUGGAUGGAUCCCUAUAAUAAAGCUUUGCCGGAGAAAAAGGAAACAUUUAGCGAUUUUCGUGAAGUAAAAGUAGAUUGGAGUUAUGUAGAGCGUUUACUUCCUCGCAAAUUUGUUCCUGAAAGGAAAGUUGGAGGAUAUAUUACACCAAGUGGUUGGAGAGCGCCCAGAGAAAAUCCUCCAGAUUUGCCUUACUAUAUUGCAAGAGGAAUUGAUAAUAUGCCAAGAAUAUUUUUGGAAUUAAGAAGGGACGAAUUAAAUCCAAAAACUAUGGAUUUUGAACAUGUUGACGUUGUUGUUUUAAGAGAAAUUUAUGGGGAUAUUUUUGCUUGUGAGAGGGAUUUGCGUAUUUAUUUGGAAAAAUAUUUGGGUUAUCCAAUAGCAACAAAUGUCGAUGAAUUAAAAGGAAUUAUUAGAAUUAAAGGAGCUGAUAGAGCUUUGGUUGAACAAUUUGUUUAUGAUUAUGAAGAGGAAUUUACACUUUUAGAUAAUUAA